AUGCGUAUCUCUAAUUCUGCGAUUCCAAUUGGCUCCAUCGUUGUAGUCGUUGGUGCUAAUGGCUACAUGGCGGUCGAGAAUUGUGAAAAGCUCCUCCAAGCAGGCUUCUCUGUCCGAGGAACGGUGAGAGACGUGGAGAAGAACCAGCAGUGGAUGCAUAACCUAUUUAAUACCAAGUGGCCACAUAUGUUUGAACUAGUUCAUGUACCUGAUUUUGAAGCUGAAGGCGCAUUUGAUGAGGCCUUCAAAGGGGCCAAGGGUGUUAUCUAUGUGUCAACACCGAUCAUACUGAAUUCAGACCCGGAAAAGGUGGUGGAACCUGUGAUCAAAGGUACUAUCAACAGUCUUGAGGCUGCAGCACGCGCUGGAAUAAAGCGCUAUGUUCUCAGUUCCAGCUCCAAGGCGGUUGAGUCUACCAAUUACAACCACCCGCACCAUAUCACGUCAAGUAUGUUCAACUACGACGCCAUCAGGAAGGCCUGUUGUGAGCCAAAUGUCGAAAGCCUCGAUAGGUUCGUGGACGUUUACAGUGCCAGUCGAGCUUUGGCGGAAUUGGCGUUCUGGUCAUGGUUUGGAAGGGCCUUAGAUCCAGAAAAGACUACAUCCACCUUCCGUAUGUUGAAGGCGGCGGCCGAGGGUGAAUGGGAUAAGGUAUUUGGUCAAGUCGCAUACUUCACCGAUGUUCAAGACGCAGCACGUCUUUUGGUUGCUGCGGUAGCUCUUCCUUCACUUGUAAACGAGCGGAUAUUUGCGUACUGUCACAAUUCAACAUGGAAUGAACUACGAUGUAAGAUUCGAGAUAUGUCGCCAAAAGGGGAGAAGUUGGUGAAGGGCGAAAACGAGGCAGUAGAAGGGAGGGAUCUCUCCAAUGCAGACGGGCUUAUUAAAAGAGCAGAGGGUAUUUUGCGAGAGAUUGGUCAACAAGGCUUUGCGAGUGAGGAAGAUAUCUUGCGCGACUUCUUGGAAUGCCUCUAA